AUGAUUUCGUCCUCGCCUGAUGCUUAUCACCAGACGAGAGUUGUGCAGCUGCAAAUCAAGUCGUCCAACUCCAAUUUGCAACAGAUGGAGCGUAAGACCCACACGUCAACCGUGUCAGAGUACCAAUUGGACAUGUUGGAGCACCUAUUAUCAGUUGAGUCACGCACUUUGCCCAACAUAUCAUUGAUUGAACAACAACCCGAGAUCAAAUUGAGCAUGAGACCUUUGUUGCUUGAUUUCUUGAUGGAGGUGAUUACAAUUCUCAAUCUAUCGCGAUCGACAUUUCCCUUGACGGUGAAUUUGAUUGAUCGUUAUUGCUCAACCAGAAUUGUCAAGAAACAGCAUUAUCAAUUGUUGGGAUUGACGAGUUUAUGGAUAAGUUGCAAAAACUUGGAUCCUAAGUUUAAAAUACCUACAUUGAAUGACUUGCGCAAGAUUUGUGUUGACAGUUAUAACAAGGAGUUGUUUAUCGAAAUGGAAAAACAUAUCUUGAAGUCGUUGGAAUGGGUUAUUAAUAGUCCUACAUUUGAUGCUUUUGUCGAUGUGUUUCUCAACAUGUUGGUGUCAGUUAAUGACGCCAAUUCAAGUGUGAUUAAAAAGUACUACAACAAGAUUAAACUUUCAUCAUACUACCUCGGUGAGUUGUUUCAGUUUUAUCCCAAUAUGUAUUUUGAAUACUCGUCGUCACAAAUUGCCAUUCUUGCCAUCAUGUCAAGUAUAUCUACGUUGAAGCUUCCGAUUAACCUCAUGUCCAUUUUGACUUUUUAUAAUACGCUAUUGGAAAGUGCAACUGUACAGUUGACGAUUGAAAAUUUCCAAAGUGCAUUCAAGUCGAUUAGAGUAUUGGCGUUGCCUAAUAGUUUACAACAAAAAUAUUGUGUUAAUAAUAACCAAAAUAAUUUGCCACCAAAAACACCCAAAGUGUCGAUGCCGUUGACACCUGGACCUAGUCCGGAAGAGAAGGUGUCAAGGAAAAGACACAGUGGUCUUGUCGAUUCGCUGAUGGUUGCCGGCCAUGAAAGGAAGAGAAGUUGUAUAGAUUUAGGUGUAAGAAUAUAA